AUGUCUGCCGAUCCGAAGCCCCUCCGCAUCGUCGUGGCCUGCGAUGAGGCCGGCCAGCCCUACAAGGAGACCCUGAAGGCUGCUCUCGAGAAGAACCCUCUGGUUGAGUCCAUCCAAGACGUGGGCGUCAACUCUACCUCCGACAAGACCGCCUACCCUCACCCCGCUGUCGCUGGUGCCAAACUCAUCAAGGAGGGCAAGGCAGACCGUGGUCUCUUCAUCUGCGGUACUGGUCUUGGUGUCGCCAUCUCCGCCAACAAGGUGCCCGGCAUCCGCGCCGUGACGGCACACGACUCCUUCUCCGUCGAGCGCUCCAUCCUCAGCAACGACGCCCAGGUGCUUUGCUUUGGCCAGCGCGUCAUCGGCAUUGAGCUUGCGAAGAAGCUCGCCAACGAGUGGGUGACCUACCGCUUCGACCCCAAGAGUGCCUCCGCCGCCAAGGUGCAAGCCAUCUCCGACUACGAGAAGGAACUCGCUGGUACUGCUUAA